AUGAAGUUGCUGGUUUUUUUCCUACUACUACGAGAUCAGCUACGCUGCGCUCAUGCCACCACGGGCCACGCCGAUUCCAUUUACGGUGACGGGAUUUCUGCCGAAGGCUUGGAACGCAAUCCGAUAAGGUUGUCUUCAAAACACUUGGAUCCGGAGAACACCCUUAUUCUUCGACAAGGAAAGCCGCUUAUGAUUGAGUGCGUCUAUGCAAGAGAUGACAUUGCCGAUAUUUCCGAUCUUCAGUGGCACAAAAAGGGAGCUAGACCAAUCGAUGGUAGCAGUUCUUCGAGUAUAUUCACUACCGGUUUGCUAGAGCACGGUACACGGUACAGGAAAAAAAACCUUCACUUCACAGCGAUUCAUAAACGAGAUGAGGGAUCUUACCAGUGUCGAGCGAGAACUCUUGGAGGUAUAAUGUUCUCAAGAGAAGUUCGCGUUAUUGUGCUGAAUGAAAUUACCUGGAAUGAUGAGUCGCAUUCGGUUGGAGCCCUUGUUGGCGAGCCGCUUACCAUUGAUUGCGGUGUGAAAGGAAACGAGGAGCAUCAUCAGAUCACAAUCACUGACAACGAGGGCGAGUCGCUGGAUGGUAUGUAG